AAGUGGAAGCCCCGAAUGCGGGGGACGCCAAUGGCGCUAGAAACGAAACAGCGGGGCCCCCUCCACUGCCGCUAGCCUCGGCGUUAGGUCCACUGUAGCUUUCAGGGGAAGGAUCCAAUUGGAACAGGCAACACCUGGCCGAUCUCUCUCCUCCGUAAGGUUGUUUUGUCGGUCGGAGCUCAAGUCAACAUCCGGACCCCAUCCGAUCCCUCUCCGUCUUCAGACCCGGCGCAUUUUCACAACCACACAUACCGACACACACGACAGCCGCCAAAAUGAGUGUCGCCAACGACGAUGAACCGUCCUACAUCGACUACGAGACCUUUCUCGACCCAGGGUUCAGCCCCGCCGCCUUCGCAAACACGCUCGUGCUCGCGACCAACAACCCCAACGAUGCGCCCCUCGACCUCUCAACACCCCUAUCACGCGUCCUCUUCGACAUGCAGGAGAUCGACUCCCAUAUUGACGUCCUAACCACCCGAUCUGCGAUCCCACUCCUCACACACACCAAAGAACAGACCGACGCCAGCGGGCGCAUCAUCGGCGAACUCGACACCCAGAUCAAGGCCCUAAACGACAGCUACAAACAGCUCGAAAAGGAGGUCAUCCAGAAACAUGCCGAAGCCGAAGAAGUUCGUCUUGUGGCCUCUCGUCUCUGGGAAACCCUCAAGCUGGGCCGAGCAGUCGGUCGUGCUCUCCAACUUGGUCGCCAGCUCCAAGUCCAACACGCCGAAUUGACCGGGUCUGCCUCGACAACCGUCACCACCUCCUCCGCCAGCCUGCGCAGCAAGGAAGACCACCGCGCCCUGGUCCGAUGCGCCCACACAUUGCUCUCCCUCCGUGAGCUCUUCUCGACCGCCAACGUCCCCGGCUCCGAAGGUUACGGCAUCGAGCGCGUCGCCGUCAUCCGCACCCUCCGCGACAACAUCUACCUCCCCACCGAACGGUCCGUCCGCGAAUCCGCCGAGCGCAUCAUCCGCGAGUUUUCCAUGGGGUCCGCAUCGGGCACCUUGACCUUUGCCCAAUCCGAAGAAACCCGGGCGCGAACCGUCUCGGGCCUGACAACGCUCUACCUCUUGUCGCCAACCACCCUCGCUAAGAACGAAAAGUGGUCUCCAACCUUGAUGCUCCAAUCCCUCGAAUCCUACCUCCGCACCGCUCUACAAUCCUCCACCGCGUCUCUCUCCCGCGCCUUGGCCACGCUGCCCUCACUAGAACGCACACUAGCAGACGUAACAGCCCGCUGCCAAAACGUCGUCGCCCUCGAGGCCGUGCUAGAAGCAACCAAGAUCCCCUCUCACCCCUUGGUCCAGGGGCAACAGGCCACAACCAAGACAGGCGGAAACAUGCUUCAACCUCUGCUGGCGUAUUUGGAAACCGGAUCGCUGGCGAGUUACUUCUGGAGAACGAUGGCGAGCAGUCUGGCGCCGAGGGUGCAGGAGAUUAUGAAUAAGGGAGGGGUGUCGGCGAGGACGCUGAGGACGAAUAGGCAGAAUGUUGGGGAGGCGAUUAGGGAGUGUGUGGUGAAGGGGUGUGUGUUGCCUAGUGCGGUGGCGGGGGCGGCGGCUGGGGAUAGGGGGAGGGCUGAUGAGGUGAAGGAUGGGGAGAGGGCAGGACGGUGGGAGAGGGAGGUUGCUGUUAUGGUGGGGAGUGUUGUUAAUAAUAUUGGGAGGUAGACUGUGUUGGAUGAGGGUCUGUUUCAGUUGAAGAAAAUCCGCAUCGCGCUGCCGGUUUAUACAACAUGUUUCCUCUGGACCAAAUACGGUGAUCGAAUGAUUCCGAUACCUCUGGGU